AUGGCCAAACGCAUCCGAUUCGACACUUGCGAGCAACACGAACAGUGUCAACGCGUGCAACAAUCGGCAGAGACUCGCAGUCAAAUCCACGAGAAGUUUACCACGAUACCAGUUUGUGAUCAAGAAGUUCUUUUAUCCCGUUCUGUUCCAAGUCCAGUACGGCAGCCUCUGGGUGCCAAGCAACUGCAUAUGAAAGUGUGUGAGACCAACCUUGUUGAAGUUACAACCAUCAGUACCAUCGAGAUCGACAAUUCAACGAAGAAAGCGUUUGGACAAGCGUAUGAGAAAGACCCAUUGUAUGCUGAGAUGUGGUCUGGUGCCAACCAACUCUGGUUUGACGUCAAGAAAUAG